AUGGAAGAGAGCGAGGAGAGAGAAGAACGGAGUGAAGUGGAGGAGAAACAUCAUCACAAACCUGGAGAAAAACGUUCGAGUCGCUCGAAGACUAAAAAUACAUUUUUAAAGAAAAGAAAAGCCGAUAAAUCUGUCACCUGCACUCAGUGUGGGAAGAGUUUCCCAUUCAAGCAAAGUCUUGAGCAUCACAUGAGAGUUCACACCGGCGAGAAGCCGUUCACAUGUGAUCAGUGCGGAAACCAAUUCAAAGAAAGAGGAAACCUUAAAAUUCACAUGAAAAUCCACACUGGGGAAAAGCCAUUUACAUGUGAUCAGUGCGGGAAGAGUUUCUCACAAUCAGCACAUCUUAAAGUACACAUGAAAAUCCACACUGGAGAAAAGCCACACACAUGUGAACAGUGCGGGAAGAGUUUCACAUACAAACAUCAUCUUAAUGAUCACAUGAGGACCCACACCGGAGAGAAGCCGUUCAUGUGCGGUCAGUGUGAAAAGAGAUUCUCAAACAAAGUUAGUCUUGAGGGUCAAAUGAGUGUUCACACUGGAGUGAAGCCGUUCAUUUGUGGCCAAUGUGGAAAGAGCUUCACGCAAUCAGCAAACCUUAAACGACACAUGAGAGAUCACACCGGAGAGAAGCCGUUCAAGUGUGAUCAGUGCGGGAAGAGUUUCACAUACAGACACAAUCUUGCUGAUCACAUGAGAGUUCACACCAGAGAGAAGCCGUUCAAGUGUGAUCAGUGCGAGAAAAGUUUCACAUACAGACACAAUCUUGCUGAUCACAUGAGGAUCCACACCGGAGAGAAGCCGUAUGCAUGUGAUCAGUGCGGCAAAACAUUUCUUCAGUCAUCAAACCUGAAGACACACCUGACGGUUCAUACGCAGGAGAAGCCACAUUCCUGUUCUGAAUGUGGAAAGUGUUUUUCACUGCUGCGGAGGAACCACGCAGCGAUGUUCACAAGUCUUUAUCGCUGGAGUCCGAGUCAAGUCUCGAGUGAUUUAAUGGCUUGCUAA